ACCUCAGAACACAAACCAAAGCUCCUCUCCCAUAUUCACUAAACACAAAGUUGGAGACUCAAAACCCAAACCCACACUAUCAAACACUUUCUUCAGUUCAUCUUCCCUUCUCUUCUCAAACUCAAACCCUCUCUCUCUCUCUCUCUCUCUCUCUCUCUCUCUCUCUCUCUCUCUCUCUCUCUCUCACAGUUUCCAAUCCAUUUAAACCAAAAAAAAAAAAAAAGAAAACACCAAACCAACACCAAGUGAAAAGGCCAUACCUUGAAAAUUCUUCUUGGAAUCCACAAUUUCCUUUCCGGAUUAUCGGGUUCCGGAUCUGCCACCCAUUUCACCAACACCCCUUCCACCUUUUCUUGGUUACCCCGUUAAACCCCUCUUAACUUUCUAUAAAACCCACCACCAAGAAAAAAUAUAAUCAAACUCCAAAAAUAGAAGAAAAGAGAAAGAACCCUGUUUUUAAAAUCUCUUCCCACUGUCUAAAACAUUGAGAAACACGUCUUUUAUAUAUAUAGUGAAACCUAAAGACAAAAAGUCUUAUUUUACACACAUACACAUACAAGUAAUAGAGAGGGCCGGGAAGAAGAAGUUGCUUUGCGUGUUUGCGUUUUUAAAUAUGGCAGGUAAUCAACAACAGGAAGCUGGGUUAGGUGAUGAUUUCUUUGAACAGAUCCUGGCAGUACCACCAGGCUAUGGUGGUGGCGGAGGUGGUGGUGCCACCUUGCCUAUGGGGUUGCAAUUAGGUUCAAGUGGUGGUGCAACUGGCGCCAGUGGUGGCGAUAGUGGUGGUGGUGGAUUUAGAGGAAUAGGCAUGAUGCCUUUAGGGUUGAAUUUGGAACAUGGAUUCUUAAGACAUGAAGAUGGAGUUGUAGUUGACAACAACAACAACAAUGCUUCUUGUUCAGCUGCUUCUGCUGUUUCUGGAAUCAGUGAGAGAGAUUCUAUGCAUAUGGUAAGCUUGUUUCCACCUUUUGGACAAAUGCAAACUCAGCAAAUCCGUGCUUCACCGCCACCUCAGCCUCCACCGCAACUCCACCAGCCAUUUCACAGCCAGCCAACAUCAGGUCCAGUUGCUGCGGCACCGCACCCACCUGCCGUCCGUCCAAGGGUACGGGCUAGGCGAGGACAGGCAACGGAUCCCCACAGUAUUGCUGAGCGGUUGCGUAGAGAAAGAAUAGCUGAAAGAAUGAAGGCUUUGCAAGAGUUGGUUCCUAGCUGCAAUAAGACGGAUAGGGCCGCUAUGCUUGAUGAAAUUGUGGAUUAUGUGAAGUUUCUUAGACUUCAAGUUAAGGUUCUGAGCAUGAGCAGACUCGGUGCAGCAGGUGCGGUGGCUCAGCUUGUUGCUGAUGUACCCCUACUAUCCGUUGAGGGUGAUGGUGCAGGAGGUGGAACCCAGCCUGCUUGGGAGAAAUGGUCAAACGAUGGCACUGAACAGCAAGUCGCUAAGCUGAUGGAAGAAGACAUCGGAGCUGCCAUGCAGUUUCUUCAGUCCAAGGCACUUUGCAUUGUGCCGAUAUCACUGGCAUCUGCGAUCUUCCCUGCACAUCAACCUGAUGCACCAACAAUUGUCAAACCCGAAUCAAACACUCCUUCGUAAAGAUAAAAAACAACAUUAUGACCCGCCAAGAACUCACUCCUAGCUCACUCGCAAUGGCUUUUUAGUGCUUCGAUCCAAACUCUAACUCCGACCAGCAACUUCAAUCAAGUCAGUGCAACCUUUCCAUCCUUGUCUUUUCCAGUAAGAAAAAAAAAACAUGGAAAGUUAUUUUGAUGUGUACCCCAUAGGCAUGGUGUAAGUCAAGGGAAAACAAAUUCCAAAGGUCCAUUGAUGUGUCUUCAUCUUUCUAAUAUGUAAGUGGAGGAUGACCAAAAAAUAAUGGUGGUAGGAACUCGCUUUCUUUCUUUCUUUUUCCUUUUUUUUUUUUUCCUUGGAUAAUGGGAAGUGGGACCAUGGAAAAUGGAUGGAUAGGUUUGUCCAUGAUGUAUUUGAAGAAAGUUUUAGUGCAACUUGACCUUUUACAUAUAUAUAUAUGGGUUUUGCUCACCAAUUAAAUUAAA